AUGUGGCCCCCGCGUGGGGGCAGCCAUUCGGGCACCUCGUCUGGGAGCGACCUCCUCGAUCGAGGUGCCCUUCGCGCCCGGUGCGCGGGGGGCGCGGCGGCCCUUUCCGGCGAGCUCGCCAUCUACCUCUUCGACGCCUCGACGUCCAGCAGCGCUUCUUCGGCUACGGGCCCAUCCUCUGUUUGGUCUGAUCCUCCACUUCCUGGAGUUGAUGUAUUUUCUGGCGCCGUCGAGAUUGCCGCUGGCGCCGGCUCCGACGCCCUGGAGGUGGGGGAUCUUUUCGUCGAGGGGCGCGACCGCUGCGCUGGCGCCGAGCGCGGCGAUCUCCUCGCUCGCGGCCGCUUGCGGGCUCGCCUUCGAGGACCUUGA